ACGCCCAAUACAGCUACCCGUUCCCGGGAUUUCGCAAUAGCUAUUGAUGGUCUGAUACCCUGCAUUUCAUUUUAACUUGGCUGGAAGACAGAGGUUGUUUGCCGUACUCUGACAAAAUGUGGAAACUUUAUACAAUUGUCAUACUUUCAGCAUGUGCAGCUACAGCAAUGUCCCAGAGUGAAUGCAGCGUCGUCGACAUAAACGAUUGCACCACCAGCCUCACUGACUCGAUCGGCAACGGAACAGAGACCACUGACACCAUAUGCAGAGCUGCCCACACGUUUGUGAUGUGUCUCAACAGACUGACAGCGUGUAUUAACAACCCUGCCUUCACGCAAGCCAGACAGAUGAUGGAAUCAAGGGACCUGGACCAUACGUGUCCAGAAGCAAUCCAAUACCCGUACGUGAACUCUGUUGGUACUCCAGCCAUCAUGACGGUCUACCUACUGGUCACUCUGUUGAUGCUCGGUAUCUUUACCUAAUUAAAACAUUAUGUCCAGGA